AAUUGGCGACCGAGUGACAGGCUUGGUGAACAGGCUUCGAGAGGUGACUGCAGCGCGGAAACACCCCGAACUUGGCCGCCCCAAGCUGGACAUUUUGGGAUCUCUUCCCGCCGCCGAGUGAAAAAUAGGCGAGGGGUCUCCUAGGGCACCCCGUGCCCCCGCCGUCAGGGUUUUUGUGACGGAGACCCGGCCGCGGGCCCCGGGCGAGCUGGGAGGGCGGCGGGCGCGGGGAGGGCGCGGGGGCGGCCCCGGCGGGACGGGGCGGAGCGGGCGGCGCGGCAGAGAGGGGCGGCCGCGCCCAUUGCUCCCUGCGCUCGGCGGCGGCGCUGCUGCUGCUGCUCGGGCCCCGGCUGCUGCUCCGGCUGCUGCUCCGGCUCCGGCUGCGGCUGCUGCGGCUCCGGCUCCGGCUGCUGCUCCGGCUGCUGCGGCUCCGGCUCCGGCUGCUGCUGCUGCUCGGGCUCCGGCUCCGGCUCCGGCUGCUGCUGCUCGGGCUCCGGCUCCGGCUCCGGCUCCGGCUGCUGCUCGGGCCCCGGCCCCGCUUCCCCGCCCGCGGCCCGCAGAGACGAGGCGGCGCUCCGCUCUCCGACGCCCCGAAGCCCCCUGCCCGCAUGGACGCGGCGCUGAAGCGGAACCGCUCCGAGGAGCCGGCCGAGGUCCUGCGGGCCGCCCGGGACUUGGAGGAAGAGGAGGAGGAAGAGGAGGAGGAAGAGGAGGAGGAGGAGGAGGGGAUGGAGCAGGGGCUGGAGGAGGAGGAAGAGGUGGACCCCCGGAUCCAGGGAGAGCUGGAGAAGUUAAAUCAAUCCACAGAUGAUAUCAACAGACGGGAGACUGAACUUGAGGAUGCGCGUCAGAAGUUCCGCUCUGUGCUGGUUGAGGCCACCGUGAAACUGGACGAACUGGUGAAGAAGAUGGGCAAAGCCGUGGAGGAUUCCAAGCCCUACUGGGAGGCUCGGAGGGUGGCGCGCCAGGCCCAGCUCGAAGCACAGAAAGCUACCCAGGACUUCCAGAGGGCCACCGAGGUGCUUCGUGCUGCCAAAGAGACCAUCUCUCUGGCCGAACAGCGGCUUCUGGAGGAUGACAAGAGGCAGUUUGACUCAGCCUGGCAGGAGAUGCUGAACCAUGCCACCCAGCGGGUCAUGGAGGCGGAGCAGACCAAGACACGGAGUGAGCUUGUGCACAAGGAGACUGCGGCCAGGUACAACGCGGCCAUGGGCCGCAUGCGGCAGCUGGAGAAGAAGCUCAAGAGAGCCAUUAACAAGUCCAAGCCUUACUUUGAACUCAAGGCAAGAUACUAUGUACAGCUGGAGCAGUUAAAGAAGACGGUGGAUGAGCUGCAGACCAAGCUGGCCCUGGCCAAGGGCGAGUACAAGACGGCCCUCAAGAACCUGGAGAUGAUCUCCGACGAGAUCCACGAGCGGCGACGCUCUAGCGCCAUGGGGCCCCGGGGCUGUGGUGUUGGGGCCGAGGGAAGCUGCACAUCUGCGGAGGACCUUUCGGGGAGCAAGGCCGAGCCUGACGCCGUUUCUGUGGCCUCUGAAGCUUUUGAAGAUGACAACUGCAGCAAUCUUGUAUCUGAAGAUGACUCGGAAACUCAGUCUGUGUCCAGCUUCAGUUCAGGACCCACAAGCCCAUCUGAGCUGCCUGACCAGUUCCCUGCAGCGGUGAGGCCCGGUAGCCUGGACCUACCCAGCCCCGUGUCCCUGUCAGAGUUUGGGAUGAUGUUCCCGGUGUUGGGCCCUCGCAGCGAGUGCAGUGGGGCCUCGUCCCCUGAAUGUGAGGUAGAACGAGGAGACAGGGCUGAAGGGGCAGAGAAUAAGAGGGGUGACAAAGCCAACAACAAUCGAGGGCUCAGCAGCAGCAGCAGCAGCAGCAGCAGCGACUGCCGCAAGAGCCAUGGCAGCACCUCCCUUGAGGGCCGAGCCCUGGAGAGCCGGAUGAAGCAGCUUUCUCUGCAGUGUUCCAGGGGGAGAGAGGGGAUCCUCGCUGACAUAAAGACGGUGCAGAUCGGCUGACCCACCCGAGGCCCGCGCCCAUAUCCGUAUUUAUACACGAAACUGUAUGGAGAACAUUGUGCCAAUAACCAUUUCAAUAUAUGCCAAAUCGUAAGCAUUUCCUCUAAACUGCACUAAUGACAUUUCAGUGACCUUGAGGGUUGAAGAUCUGUCUUGGGGUGGUUUGGUAUCCAGAACAGAUGAGGUGCUGUGGGUGGACGGACGGACGGGGGACAGUGUCUGUGACGGUGGAAGGCAGCAAUAGCUAGUUCCGGUGGGAGAACUGGAGCCAGGCCUAGGAAGGGGGUGGGGGUGGGGGCAGCUGGGGAGCCUAGCCAGACGGCGUCGGGGUCAGAAGCUCAGAAGCUCCCUUCUCUUGGAGGGUGAGCUCUGUUUGGGAGAACGGAGAUAAAUGUCCUCUUCUUUCUACCCCAAGGGAGUCAGAACCAACAAAAUCCUUGCAAAACAAGGCUCAAGUAUCCCUUUCUGCCCAGUGAAGACAUUAAAAAACAAUGCCAAGGACAGAGAUCAUUUGCAUCCCCUCUGGUGUUCGGAGGGGCUUCUGAAAGGUGUCUGCUGGGUUGCUCACUAAAGCUUUUUCAUUUUCUAUAAAGGUCACCAUGAACUGCACUUUUGGGGGUGGGGGAGGGGAAUGCCAGUGUGUGGGGGGGGUGGGAGGACAAGGGAAACGGGGGAGGGGGGGUUAUGGCUGUGGGGAAGAAGGUUCUGUAGCACAUAGACUUUAUCCUACCAGCCAGCUGAGGAGACUUACUUGGAGAGAAGUAAGUGCAUGUGAACAGCGGCUGCCAUUGUUAGACCUAGGUCGACACGGUGUUGAUUUCUCUGUAGGUUGUGAAUUUUGAAGUUAAAAAAAAAAUUAUUUAAAGGUUAUGCUGACUAGUAUUUCUUAGAGGAAGUUAGUUCUUCUUUAAAGCUAGGAAAGGGAGUAGGCAUGUCAUGGCAACAGCUGUUAAGUAGAAGCAGUGGAGUCUCUGUUAUGCUGAUAGUGUUAAGCCUGCUUUCCUCUAAUGUUUUCUUGAUUACAUAUAUUGACAGCACUGCAUUUCAUUCCCCCCCUUUUUUUUUGCUUUAAAAAAACAGCAUUUCUGAAAGAAAAAAGUAACCCCAUUUCAAGUUGUCUACUGUCGCAACCUGUGCAUCUUAGUCAUCUGUAAACCUCUUCAUACUGUAGUGUUUUCUCCUUUUUUAAUGACUGAUACAGUAUCCCAAUUACAAGGUUAUUUUGUACAUGUCUUAAUACCUUGAGUGUAAUAAAAACGGCUUAAGAAAAUA